AUGGAGAAUGAUUCUAAGACUGAAUCAUCAUCAUCUACUCUUGCUCUUCAAAGUUCUUCAGAGACACUGGUUUCUAUUCAGCUAUUAGAUUUCAGAACAAAUUUACUGGAAGCAUUAGAGGAAUUACGUAUGAGAAGGGAAGCAGAAACUCAAUAUGAAGAGCAGAUUGGUAAAAUUAUUGUGGAGACACAAGAACUUAAGUGGCAAAAGGAGACUCUUGAGAAUCAAAAGGAAACAUUAGCAAAGCAACACAAAGAAGCAAUGGCAGUUUUUAAAAAGCAGUUGCAGGUGAAGAUGUGUGCCUUGGAAGAAGAAAAGGGAAAAUAUCAACUUGUUACAGAAAUAAAAGAAAAAGAAAUAGAAGGAUUGAAGGAAACAUUAAAAGCAUUACAGGUUUCUAAAUAUUCUUUACAGAAGAAAGUGUAUGAAAUGGAACAAAAAGUCCAGUUACAUCUUCUGGCUAAAGAAGAUCAUCAGAAGCAACUGAAUGAAAUUGAGAAGUACUAUGCCACAAUAACAGGUCAAUUUGGAUUGGUAAAAGAGAAUCAUGAAAAGUUAGAACAAAAUGUACUUGAAGCAAUACAGUUAAACAAAAGGCUUUCGGCUUUAAAUAAAAAACAAGAAUCUGAGAUAUGCAGUUUAAAGAAGGAACUAAAAAAGGUAACCUCAGACUUGAUAAAGUCCAAGGUCACAUGUCAACAUAGUAUCAGAGAAGAAAACAUCAAUUUAACAAUUAAAGAACAGAAAUUACAAGAACUUCAAGAAAGACUCAACAUGGAAUUGGAAUUAAAUAAGAAGAUUCAUGAAGAGAUUACCCAAAUUCAAGAAGAAAAACAGGAUAUCAUCAUUUCUUUCCAACAUAUGCAGCAGUUACUUGAGCAACAGACUCAAGUUAAUACUGAGCUGGAAGCAGAAUUGAAGGUGAUAAAAGAAGACAAACAGACCCUUGAAAGAGAUAAUGAGCUGCAAAGGGAGAAGGUAAAAGAAAAUGAAGAAAAGUUCCUUAAUCUUCAAAAUGAGCAUGAGAAAGCACUGGGAACUUGGAAAAAGCAUGUUGAAGAACUUAAUGGAGAAAUUAAUGAGAUUAAAAAUGAGUUAUCAUCACUUAAAGAAACUCAUAUUAAGUUACAAGAACAUUACAAUAAAUUAUGUAAUCAGGAAAAGUCUGAAGAUGACAAGUUUCAGAAUUUUCCAGAAGUAAAUGCUGAAAACAGUGAAAUGUCAAUUGAAAAAUUAGAAAAUACCAUCAUACGGAAAUAUAAUUCUGGGCAAGAAAUAAGGGAAGAAAAUACUGUGAUUUUUUGUUCGGAUACUAAAUGUAGAGAGGAGGGAAAGAAAGAAGGCCCAUUUAUAGAAGAAGUCAUUAUAGAAGAUUUACAGCUUUUGGACAAAAGCUCCAAGAAUGACAUUGAUAUUACUGUACCUCAGGAUGAAAAUCAAAGCAAAGCCAUCUGCAUUGAAAAAGAACUAAUUAGUCAAGGACAGACCUUGAAUAUUACUGACUGUAGAAAAGCAGUUACUUCAGAAAUAAAAGACAAGAUGGAAUUGGAAGACAAUGGAUGUACUUCUUCACUGGCAGAUAUACCAAUAGAAAAAGUAAACCUAGAAAGAACUGAAGGAUUAGAUCUUCACCAUGCAAAUGUCCAUAUAGAGGUUGACAAUAUCAGAUCAUCACUUAAUAACAGUAUCUUAAAUGAGAUGACCUGCAGUACAAAUAAGGAUGUUUCUGAAAAUGAAUCAUUCACACAGUUUGGAGUGCUCCCAGGGAUUCAAGAAAAUGCCAUAGAGAAGGAAAUUACAAGUAAUGAUAAAACCAAAGCAGAUUUAGACUCAUCUCUAAAUGUAAAAAAGAAUCCAGAUCAGUGUCAAAAAUACAAAUUACAGGAUUCAAAUAAUAUGUUAGAUGAUGAACAGUGUAAAACAGAACAAGUAUCACUGUUAAAUAAAAAAAGUGAGUGCAGUGUAUUGCCAUUUAAGCAAGUUUCAGAUUUUCCACAAACUUGUAACACCUCAGAGAAACCUCAACUAACUAUUCCGUGUGUCACAUCAGUCAACCACCCCAUGUCAUCUACUGUUUUCAGUGAUAACUUGAAAGUACUUCUUAAGAAAUCAGAUAUAAAUGUCAAUAUCAGGCCUUUGUUGGUGAAACCCAACUCAAACCGUGGGGAAAGAACUAUUUGGAAAAGUCUGAAUGAGAUGCAAAGCAGUCAGUCGAAGAACUGUUUGGGAUAUUUAGAAAACAACGUGACCAUUUCCCAUCUUCAGGUUAACAAUGAGAAUAUAGGUGCCUCACAAGCCAGAGACAUGAAAGCUGCUUUUCACUCAAAAACCUCCACAGAAACACAGUUUUCUAAUAAAGAGAGUCAGAUUGAUGAGAAUCAGGUAACUGAAGCCACAAAAAAUGAUCUUUUUGUGAAUGUUAACGAAACACAGCAUACAUUGUUAAAUAAUAUAGAAAAAACAGUGUCAUUAAAUGACAUCACUUCAGGAAAAUUUUACCGUGAAGAACAGCUAGAAGAAUCAUGUUCAUUUUACAUAAAGCCAUCUGGAGAUUCAGUCAACAGAGGUGGAAAGUCAGUCUUUGAUCUUUCAAUUUCAGAUAAAAAAACUGAGAAAAUGUCAGUAUAUGUGAAUUCUUUAGACCCCAGUCCUUGGUCAAAGGUAAAUCAAAUUGAAAGUCAAACAGAUAGCACUCCAACUUCUAGCAUUCCUUUAUUGCUGAAGGGGAGACCCACAAGUCCGUCAGAAAAUAAAAAGAUUGUUUCAGUAACAUUUUGUAACAGUGUUGCUGAGGAUGUCAGGAAGGAUAUUGGACCAGAUACUACCAUUAUCGGAGCUGCUGACACUUUGAAUAACUCCAGUAUCCAUCCAGAUCCCAAGGGAGAGCCCACUGAAGAGAGGAAUGUAACUGCAAAGACUUAUGAUUCUUCUUUUCCCACAGAACAUGUGAAAACAAAGCCUCUGAAACCAACUCUGCUACGAAGCUAUCUGCAGGCAGUUAAGGUUGAAGAUACUACUGAUUAGACCACAUCUUCUACUGUUGCUGAUGACUGGCAGAGCCUGCUAACAAAUCAAAUAAAUGAAAUAGAAAAGUUACUAAGCUUAGAAAAUGACAACCAAACUAGUAAAAGAAAAGCAGAAGAGAUGUUGGAAAAAAUAACAGAUUAA